AUGGAAACCCAAACAUUCCCUUCACUUCACACACCACCACUGCCUACACUUCCGUUUGAUCUCAUCGCAGAUAUUUUCUCUAGGCUCCCCGUCAAGCUCCUUCUUCAACUUCGCUGUCUCUGCAAGUCUUUCAAUUCACUUAUCUCCGAUCCCAAAUUUGUAAAGAAGCAUCUUCAAUUCUCAAUCAAGCGCCCCCACCUUGUCGUAAACUCUACAAAUAACUUAGAUGAGUUACUUCUCUUUGAUUCCCCAAUGUCCUCCAUUUUUUCUAUUUCCACUGCUAUGCAAACACAUCUCAGUUAUCCUAUUACUCCUAUAAAUGUUGGAUACGGUAUACCUAUGGGAUUCUCCUCUUGCGACGGUAUGCUUUGUUUUGCCAUUCAUGCCAAUUCUGUUGUUUUAUGGAACCCUUCCAUUAGAAAGUUUAAGUUACUGCCUCGUCUGCAAAGUCCAUCACAAAUAAAUCCGAUUUUUAUAUAUAGCUUUGGGUACGUUCGUUUCAUUGAUAAUUAUAAGAUUGUUAGUAUUUCCUUUUCUAUUAAAGACCAUAUCGAUGUCAGUGUUAAUACCAUUGGUACAGAUUUCUGGAGAAGAAUACAUGGCUUCCCAUAUUGUAACACCAUUCGCGGAUCAGGAGUAUUUGUGAGGGACUCAGUUAAUUGGUUGGCAUAUGAUGCUUCAAGUAGUUCUUUACAUGCCAUUGUUUCUCUUGACUUGGAGAAGGAUUCAUAUCAGAAGCUUUCUAUACCUGAUUUGAAGAGGGAAAAUUGCACCUUGGGGGUGGUGACGGAUUGCUUAUACAUCUUUGAAUGUAAUGAUAUGUUUUUCGAUGUUUGGGUCAUGAAAGAAUAUGGCAAUAAGGAAUCUUGGACUAAGAUAUACAAUAUUCCUUAUAUGAAAGACCAUGUUUUCUAUUCCUAUGCUAAGGCCUUAUAUAUCUCAGAGGAUGACCAAUUGCUCAUAAACUUUUAUGACUUGACAAGUAAAAAAUUAAAGCUGCUUAUUUAUGAUUCAAAAAAUCGUAUUUGGAAGAUUCCUGAUAUUCAUAACAUCAAAUGUAUAAGCAACUCAGAAGUCUACAUUGAGAGUUUGAUAUCACCUUUUUCUAGAGGUUAG